CAUCACUCAAAAUAUCUUCCCUUUUCCACUUUUUAGCUCACUUUUCCCCAACUCAAAAUAUCUUCACUUAACCCCCAAAACCAAAACCCGACCCGAUCCAGACCAUGUCAGGAGCUCCAACCGCCGCUUCCUCCGGAAACCACAGCCUCCAUCUCCCGACUCCAACCCUCGACGCGGAGUCGCAAUCCCUGCUGCAGUCGAUCUCCGCUCAAGGCGGUUACGCCUAUGCUCGCAUGGCGGCGCUAGCAGUCGCCGGCGACCAAAGCGCGGCGGAGGCGGCGCGUGAUAUGGCCUGGGAGCAGCUUCACUCCGGUCCCUGGCACUCUGUUCUCCCCGUCUGGCGCGACGCUUACUCGAUGGCUUGUCUCCACGUCGCCAAGUUCCAUUUCGCCGCCGGCGAGUUUGGGGAAGCUCUCGGCGCGCUCGAUAUGGGUCUCAUCAUGGGAGGGACGCUUCUCCGCAAGGACCUCCACGACUCUGUGCUCUUGGUCUCCUCUGAAGCUCGUAAGAUGGCUAAGAGCCUCGGAGAUUUCAAGGGUGAGAAGUUGGUCCCUGAAGUUCCCGUCGAUGUCAGUGAGGUGCUAAAGAUUCUACCUAUGAGGUCAUUGACUAGUGGAAGGGUAGAGAAGAGGUGUGAUUUAUCUAUGGAGGGGUUUCUUCGUGAUUAUUUUCAGACAGGUACACCUGUUGUUAUAACCAAUUGUAUGGCUCAUUGGCCAGCUAGGACCAAGUGGAACCACUUGGACUAUCUCACUUCUGUUGCUGGUAACCGUACCGUUCCCGUCGAGGUGGGGAAAAACUAUUUGUGUUCAGAUUGGAAGCAAGAGCUUGUGACUUUUUCCAAGUUCCUUGAACGGAUGAGGACCAAUAGAUCCACCUCCGUGGAACCUACUUAUCUUGCUCAGCAUCCGUUGUUUGAUCAGAUAAAUGAACUGAGAGAUGAUAUAUGUAUUCCUGAUUACUGUUUUGUCGGUGGAGGGGAUCUCCAAUCUCUUAAUGCUUGGUUUGGUCCGGCUGGGACAGUUACUCCUUUACACCAUGAUCCACAUCAUAAUAUACUUGCUCAGCCUGAUCAUCUCCCUGGAUUGAAGCCUGAUGUCUGAACAAAACUAAACUCUUAGUUUGACUAACCAAACAAAUCGUUUCGCCUGCAAUAAAUGUUCUAUAGUAUACAGAAAGUUUCUUUGUUUAGGUUCUUUCCUCCUACUAUUGAAGUUUCUUUGUGUUAUCUGUUCUUCAGGUUGUUGGCAAGAAGUAUGUAAGGCUUUACCCAUCCUCGUUGCAAGACGAACUUUACCCUUAUCCUGAGACAAUGCUUUGCAACUCUAGCCAGGUAAGUUUUCUAAUCCUAUAUUCAGAUCUGAUACUGUGUUUAAACGGAAGCUGAGUCGACUUGAUCCUUGUGUCCAAACGGGGUGGUUUCAAACUUUGGUUGAAGGUUGAUCUUGACAACAUCGACAAGAACGAGUUUCCAAAGGCGGUGGAGCUAGAGUUUAUGGAUUGUAUCCUAGAGGAAGGAGAAAUGCUGUACAUCCCUCCCAAAUGGUGGCACUAUGUCAGGUCUUUAACAAUGAGUUUCUCGGUUAGCUUCUGGUGGAGCAAUGAAGCAGAGUCCUCUGAUUCUUAGCAAAUGGAGUAUUUUUAAUCUCUGUUUCUGGUUUGUUCACUCUGUCUUUUUCGUUAAUUAUGUUAGAUCUUAAAAGUAAGUAGAGAAGAAAACAUUUGCUCUGAGACUGAGCAUGAAGAUGUUUGUUUUGUCUAAGCCUAUGUUGUAAAAGACAAUCGAGAUCUUUUAAGUCUUAACACAGACAUUUUUGUGUGUA